AGUCCACAAAAUGGACUUGCCAUUGUCUGGCCCUAGCCACUAUACUCAUUUAGUCUCAAGUCCUGUUUUCUGAACAGCUGAUGACUGUCAAUAAUACUGUUGAUAUUGCUGCUGCCUGCUAUUAGAGAGAUUAUUGAGGUUAGGACUGAGCUGUACUAAUCAAAGUUUUAUUCUACUUUUAACAAAACGUUUUGGUAUUAAUAUGGAAAGUAGGGGAAAGUUUAUACUUUCCAAAUUGAAAAACCUUAAUACGUUCACUGAAGAUAAUCUGAAACCUGAAACUAAUGAUUGUCCUAGCAAUCAAUCAGUAGAAGUUCCACGAAGAAAUUCCACUCCUUCACCGACUUUAACCGAAUUAAAAGUAUUGAAUCCAGAUUGCACAUCCAUCCUCGUUUUACCUGACAAUGACUCAACCCAAUGGAAUUUUAACAUGCAUGAAAGUGAAAAUAUCCAAGUUGAAAGAGAAACUAGUAAAGACGUACAUCUUCUUAAUUUCAUUUCAACUCCAGUAGAACCAGAGUCAAAUGAAUGGGAGCUAGAGACGAUAACACAAGUGACAAACAUGGAACAAGAAUCUGGAGCAUCGACAACACUGGAAGAUUUAGAUGAUGCGCUAUCUUCUGUGAGCGACCUAUUUGAGAAUGACAUCGAUGAUCCAACAUACACUCCACCUUCAGGUUCAGAGAGUGAUUCAACUUUAAGUAACGAUUUAGAACAAGUACAAAGUCAAUCUGUAAGUACAAAUACUACAGCAAAUAAUAAUAAUAUAAUACCUCUGGUACCAUACACCGAUUCAGAUGGACACGGAGAGCGAGUUACCGAUAGUUACUCAACCUAA